AGCGCUGCGGCCGCCAUGGCGCUGCCGCCGGUGCGGCUGCUCCGCCUGGGCCUGCGGCCGUACCCCGAGGCGCUGCGGGUGCAGGAGCGCUGCGUGGCGGCCGCCCGCGGCUCCGGGCCCCCCCCGCGGCUCCGCGCCCCCCCGCGGCUCCGCGCCCCCCCUGCCGCCGAGAGCCUGCUGCUGAGCGAGCCUGCCGAGCCGGUGUACGCCUGGGGGCUGCGGGGGGCGCCGGCGCCGGCGCUGGCGGAGCGGCUGCGGGCCCGGGGCGCGGCGCUGCUCGGCGUCCGCCGCGGCGGCCACAUCACCUACCACGGCCCCGGGCAGCUGCUCGCCUUCCCGGUGCUCGACCUCCGCCGCCGCCGCCUGCCGCUGCGGGCCUACGUGCGGGGCCUGGAGGCUUCCAUCGUCCUCCUCUGCCGCCGCCUGGGGCUGCGCCGGGCCCGGGCUCUGCCGCCGCCGUUCACCGGAGUCUGGGUGGGCGACAGCAAAAUCUGCGCCAUCGGGGUGCACUGCGGGCACCACAUCACCUCCCACGGCCUGGCACUGAACUGCUGCCCGGACCUGAGCUGGUUCCAGCACAUUGUGCCCUGCGGGCUGGCGGGCACGGGGGUGACCUCGCUCAGCCAGCAGCUCGGGCGCCCGGUGCCAGUCCCGCAGGUGCUGCCACCCUUCCUGCAGGCCUUCCAGGAGGUCUUCCAGUGCACUCUGCUCUCUGAUGACCAGCUGGAGGCAUAGCGGUGCCAGCUGGGCACGGUGCCAGCUGCGCUCUGCUGCCCACCCCGGACUGUGCCUGCAGAGCUUUCAGCUUUGCCCAGCCUCUGCUUGUGUGAGACCUCCCAAGUGGGCAAGGUGCCCGAAUGGGUGCCCAAGUAAAGAGAGGGGUUGAGACCAGCUCUGUGCCCACCCAGGUGGGCACCUUUGGGCAGGAGGAGCUUUGAGUGUGCCCUUGCCAGGAGGGUGUCCAUAAAGAGCUGUCGAGGA